AUGCUGCACCCAGCGGCGCUCGCCGCCUCGCGCUGUCUACUUUCGAUCAACUCCUGCUCCUUUUCUACCAGCGCUUUCUGCGCGACGGCAACACCGCCCCUUUCGACCGCGCGCUGUGUGUGCGCUGCUCCGGCCGCGUCGGCAAAGUUCGUGCGAUUCUAGUUCGGUUUCUUGCGUUGUGUCGCUGAAAACCCGAGGCUGUGCGCUGCGGAUCCGCUGUUCUACGAUCACCAAACGCGGCCACGAGCGUGAGCCUUCAAACCGAAUUUCAUAGGGUUUUCUGCGUUGUUCGCCCGCCCUUUGAACGUCAGUAGAAAACGAACCCGCAGUCACGUGUAGAUGACCUGUCUCCAGAUGUGUGUAACGUAUGAAUAGCCACAUCGCUGCCUGGACGCAGGGACUCUUGAACAAACAUACGGAGG